AUGUUUGAAAAUACUGAUUCAUCGGAUGAUAAUGAUGAAAGUUUAUGUAAACAAGUUCUACCGGCACCACAUGUCGACGAUGAUCCCGUAGAUAUGAACAAAGUGCCAACAACUGGAGAAGAAUAUUUGAGACAGGUUCGUUUUCAAGCUUCACAACUGCCUACGUUUCAAGCGGCUUCUAAAGCCGAUAAAAAUCUCGGAACAUCAGCGAGUUCGAAAACGCAUGCAUGGCAUAAAUUAUUUUCCAUGACGACAAAUACCAGUUCGAAUGUAACAGAAAAACAUAUCGUUUCAACUGAAUGGCAGAAUGAACAAAGUCUAUCGUUUUCAAAUGUUCGGAACGACUAUUUUCAGAUGCGCGAUCGAUUACGAGCGCGAACUAAAAAAACUUCAGCCCCAAGAUUAAGAACUGCGAAUGAUUAUUGGAAAUUUUGUUUCGACGAUAACAGUCAAUUGUCAUUUUUAGAAACGGAUGAUCAAUCAGAUACACAACAUCCGCUUCCGACAAUGGCGAAAAUGAUUAUUUUAUCUCAACCUCAACUGCACCAAUUAUUACAACAUGAGAACGAUUGGCUUAAACAAAACGGAUGUUCUCUUCAUUUAGCUUUGUAUAUGUUUGCUACGUUAGCAGCCGUUGACAAACCUAUCAGUGAAGAUGUGAUUUAUACUAUGCGACAAACCUGUACCGGAUGGAAAGAAAUACGAACGAAAUUAUUGAAUUCAACUGAUGAUGAUGAUCAUUCUGUUGACAGCACAUUAAUGAAAACCUGUGAUCUAUUUAUUUGUAUAAUCGGCCGUUACUUUGGGCAAUUUGAUCUAGCUGAUAAAAAUGAAUAA